CUGACGAACAAACAGUUCUAUGCAGAAAAGCAUUUCUGAACAUACAACACGUCGAACAUCGAGGCGGAUGAGCUACAGCAGCAGAAAGCACUUACGGGUACCACUACUGUCAGCUAAGAACAGGAAACUGAGGCUGGAGUGGGCACAGGCUCACCAAAACUGGUUGGAAAAACUUUGCCUGGUCUGACAAAUCUGGAUUUCUGUUGAGGUGCACAAAUGACAUGACGGAAACGAUAAAAGACAAUCAAGAAUCAAAAGAAGUGAAAGAGGAAAGUAAUGAAUUGGAAGAGGAACAACAGAAUGAGACUCCCCAUCAUCUCAUUACUGGAGAAACAUCUUUUAGUAGCUCACAGACUGAGAAGAAUUCCUCACAAAAUGAAACUCAAGUCAAAAAUCCUUUCACAUGCCAUCAGUGUGGAAAGAGUUUCAUACGGAAAGUAAGUCUUAAGAGACACAUAAAAAUUCACACCGGAGAGAAACCUUUCACCUGCCCUCAGUGUGAAAAGAGUUUCAUACGGAAAGAACGUCUUAAGGAUCACAUUAGAUGUCACAUUGGACAAAAGCCUUUCGCUUGCCUUCAGUGUGGAAAGAGUUUUACACAAAAACGAGACCUUAAUGUACACAUGAGAAUUCACACCGGAGAGAAGCCUUACACUUGCCAUCAGUGUGGAAAGAGUUUCAAUAAUAGAGGACACAUUUAUGUGCACUUGAAAAGCCACUCGGGAGAAAAGCCUUUUGCAUGUUCUCAGUGUGAGAAGAGGUUUCUGCUUAAAGGAUCCCUUGAAGUUCACAUGAAAAUUCACACUGGAGAGAAGCCUUACACAUGCCAUCAAUGUGGAAAGAGUUUCAAUCGGCCACACAACCUAAAACGACAUGAGAGCGUGCAUACUGGAGAGAAGCCAUACCACUGCUCUUCAUGUGGGAAAAGUUUCAAACAAUCAAGAUCUUUAAGAAAUCAUAGUAAAAGGCAUUGCCAAGAGUAGUUGUAGUGAGCAAACUGUAGGUAAUGAAAUUUCAUUGUAAUGAAUUUCAGAGAAACUCAAAUGAUAGAAUUGCUCUUUUGAAAGUAAUUAUUUCAUAAAGGCUCGUUUGCUGCAUUGUAUUACUGAUAGUGACGUAUCAGCUGUCUUUCUAUGUAAGGGGUACUAGGAUGUAGAGCUGGGCUUUAUAGCAAAAACUAAUUAAAUUGUUCUGCAUAUAUUCAGAAUUCAAAAUAUUCCAUCUCUUUUUCAAAAGUAAUGAUCAUCCACAUCCCAUCAAUUGAAUGAUUCUGAUUAAUUCUGAAUGAGGAUCAGCUGUUUUGUUUGGAUUUACUUGGCAUCCUUUUUGUUGCAUCCGAUUGCUGUAGUGUUUUUAAUUUGGUAUCAACGAUCAAGUUUAUAUAAUAUAGAAACUGCGGUGUAUUUCAGAAAGCAGAGUUAACCCACUCUGACAUAAACCCUGAACUCUUAGUUGUUUGAACCAAGCAUUGCUUACUCAUAGUUAUUGAUUCCAGACAACCAGUUCUGGGUUAAUUCACUUAACCCUUAGAUUGAAACUCCGUCUAUGCAUGUUCAGUGAUCUCAGAAGGGCAUUCUCAGCAGAGUGCAAAAUUCACUAUUCAAGAGUCACUAUGGAAACAAGCUAAGAAUAAGGCAUGCCAUAUUUCAGUGAUGCAGAACAAGAAGUUAUCUUGACUACGAAAGAAACAUUAUAAAGUUGUCUUUACUCGUACUAGCAAUAGGAGCUGCAUUGGUUUAAGACUGAGAGUUUGCUUAAGAGUUUUUACAUUCCUAAAACUACAAAGUUUUUAAUAAAACCUAACUUACACAAGAAACCAUCUCGCAUGCAUUAUUGUUUAAUACAUUGUGCACUGUAUGUACUUUUCUUUUUUAAUACAAUUUGAUGUACCCAGUUCAACAGCCUCUUUCCCACAGUUGCUGAUGGUGUCAUUCUAUUAACCCUCUUUCAGUUGUAGGAUCCCAUUCAGUUGUCGUAAGUUUCCAUACAUUUAAUGGCAUGUUUUUCAGUAGGCCACACAUGAUUAUUGAUGUUAAUUUUAAGAUGAAGAUCUGUUGAAAUAGAGGUGGAGAAUGAUGGAGUCCAACAAAGUUAUAUGUCCUUUUACGUCCUUGUCUUAUUUGGUCUGACAUUAAAACUAGCUUGUUGUCUUUGCCCAGCCAUGGCCUUUUAGGGGACUUCUCAUUUAUGACCAUUUACCUCCAACUUGGAACUGAAUUAUAUGAUGUAGUUUUCAUUUAGGAUUAUGUGUCCAAGACUUGAGUUGAAUUGACGGGGAAUGCCAUCCCUUGUGUAGAAAAAAAAAAAAAAGAUCAAAUAGCUAAGACCAUCCCGCUUGUAAAACUGCCCUC